CUGAGUUCUUCCAGUAUGACACCAUGUAUUUCAAUGUGAAAGUAAUUUUGUUAUGUAAAGCACUUGAGCAUAGACUACUGUGGAACAGAACGUUUCAACAAACUACCGCUGGAAUAUUUUCCCAGGCUAAAACUGUUCAAAACUAAGUUCCCCUUUCCAGUCUUUUCACAACAGAUCGUCUCUGCGGCGCUUUAUAUAACACGUUAACACUGGCUCUAGCCUACGUGUCGGGCUGUAACAUGGCCAUAUAUUAGUUGUCUCAAACUUAGACAGAAGUUAACCUUUCGCUGCAGGCCACUUAUAAUUUCGCUACAGGCAACUGGUGAUAACUCAUUUUAAAUGUGAAUUUCCUUUAAAAGUUUGCUUUACUGUCAUUAUAGAACAUUGUAACAUGAUUGGACACGUAGGCCUACAAGCACACACCCAGAAUUGUCGUUUCACAAUGACAAUGUAGAGGUGUUGUUCGUGGCAGGUCCUAAUAGCAAAAAUAAAGCAGCGUGUGAGGAGAAAAUAGAACUCUUAAAAAAAUCUGUUGGUUUGCUGAAGUUCGGCGCAUAUUCGCAUACUGUUUUGAAAGAAUGUCACAACCCUAUUUUGCUACAAUGCGGCGUGGGGAGCCUCUUCCACAGGCCUUCCAGGCUCCUGUGGAUGUCCAUGCCAGUGCGGACGGGCAGGUGUACAUGUUCCAAGGCCAGACGCCAGACUCCGGGGGCUCUUCAGAGGACGAUGAGUUGAACAUGAUGGAGCUGAGGCCAAGAGGCCGCGACUCAGAGGAGCGUGAGAGGGUGGUGGGCGAGCUACUGCUGCUGGAGAGGGAUAUCUCACAGGGCGACAAUCUAAACAAACUGGCCCUUCAGUAUGGCUGCAAGGUGGCUGACAUCAAACGAGUGAACAACCUGAUUCAGGACCAGGAUUUGUAUGCGUUGAAAUCGAUUAAAAUUCCUGUGAAGAAGCAUGGCAUCCUCACAGAGACCAACUCAGAGCUCAGAGAGCCUGAACCAGGACCCUCAACACAAUCCACUGCCUCUGCCUUAUCCCGUGAUGCUACUACAGAAGGCUCCUUGGGCAGGCCUCAAGUACAGGAGUACACUGACUUUCUCAAAGAGGUGGACAAUGACAUAGAGAGGCUCAUUCAAACCACAGAGGAGGAGUUCCUGGUGGACCCGGAGGGUGCGCGGAAAUCGGGGAAUCGUGGACAGCGCUUGAGCAGCUACGGGGCGGACUGGGGGAUCCAGUGGUGGAACGCUGUGGUGGCCAUGCUUCUGAUUGGCAUCGUGCUGCCCAUUUUCUACGUGGUGUAUUUCAAAACCCAAGAUGGCGGAGCGGCCAUUGUGGACGACAGCGGGGUGAACAGCUCCAUCACUACCUCAAACAGCUCGAUUGCGAGCAUCAGCACAUUGAGCCCUGGAAGUACACUGAUGAACCAUUUGAGCAAGCCACACACAUAGUUAAGGGUGAUGGACAUUUGUGAAAGAUGCCUGUAAUUCACCAUUUGGUCUGUCAUGUACUUUUUGUUUUGUGCCAAAGCAACAUGAGUUUCUUUUGGUCGACACAUCAGCUUCAACCAAACACGAGAGAACGAGAGGGAGAGAGAGAAAUUACUAAGAUCCACAGGAUGUUUAACAUGAUUAUUAUGUUGAAUCAAAAAUGGCAAUAUCAAUAUCGUAGUAACAUGGUUUUGUUAUGUGUUUCUGGUUGCUUCAUAUUGCUGCUUCCUGAGGAUUAAUUUUAUCUUCCUUAUUUCAGCAAUAUUUUAACUCAAAUUUUUAGUUGGUUGAGUUGUGCUGCUUGACCACAUAGCAGUCAAACUUUUACUAUACUCAAUCUGGUCACAGUCUGGUGUCAAACUAAUAUUUCAGAUAUAAGGACACUUUUGUGCAUUCUGUUAGUAACGUGACAACAUAAAUUUAACUUUCACGUUUUGGAUUCAUGCAUUUAUCAUACUGUAUUUAUGACUGUAAGGUGUAGUAUUUUGCUGUGUUUCAAUUUCUCUGUGGUAUUACCUGUAUUUGUUUCAGAACAUUCAGUGAUGAUGAUAUAGCACUACACUCUAACCAUGCCCGUUUUGUGAAGGUUUAGCUUAUGACUGACUUGUGUGUGUGUGUGUGUGUGUGUGUCUAAAUUAACAGGUGUGAACAUCUAUAGGCUUUAAUAUUUCUAGCCAAACCCUGAUGAGUUCUGCUUCAAAUGGGAAAGAGAGAAAAUAACUCCUUUAAUAUCAUUACAAAGUGGGACAUAUGACAUUGCAAACAGAUCUCCUUUUUUUAAUAUUGCUUUUGCUCCAUUGCCAUGAAUCAGUUGGAACUAAAGCAUUGAGAGCAUUUACAUUUUGGUGCCUUGUGUGGAUCCAAAUUCAUACAUCUAACAAGUGUUUUAAUCUUACAAGAAAGAUACAAAAUAUAUUUUUAUUUAAUCUUACUAAAGGAUAUGGCCGACAGGCAGUUCUAUGCAGAAAUCGUGUAAUGUGUAUGGAAGUGCAAUAAAUCUCCUCUUUACAGUUG